AUGGCCGACUUUACUCCCCGGAAACGUCGUCGACCGGCUCUUUCCUGUGUGCAGUGCCGGCAGCGUAAAGUGCGGUGCGAUCGCGCGUUUCCUUGUGGUCCUUGUACGCGAGCCCGUCAUCCUAUACCAUGCUCGUACGGUGAACAAGAUGGCAUUGAGAGCAUUCAGAGCAUUCACAGUUCUUCUCAGACGGCUUGGGAUAUGUCGCAUUACUCGGACGUAAAUGUUGCCGGCGAUGAACCAGGCGAUCAAGCAGCCAGGCCAUCAUUGCCCUUGGAACAGAUGGUUCAAAACCUUCAACAUCGAGUGCAGAGACUCGAACAAGUGGUAUCCCUGAAUCGAGAUACUGAGCACUCUGUGCAUGAUAGAGGAUUGUCUCAGUCGCUUUACGAUCUGGGAAACCGCGUGUCUAAUAUCGAGCAACAACUCACCCGGGAUAAGGCUGGAGUGGGGGGCCAGGAUACUUUCAUUCCGGCGGCUACAUUACGCCUCAAAACUAGCCCAGAAAAGACAAAGGUUGCUGGCCAGAGCCAUUGGACAAAUGCAUUCCACCAGCUGCGCAUGCUGGAGAAGAUCGACGACAGGCAGGCCGCGGAGAUGAGAGAAAAGAUCAAGAAGUGCAAGGGACUGCGCGCAAAGCUGAAACGUGUCCCUACACUGUGCGACGAGCCUUUCAAGAGCUUGGAACAUGAUGCUUUCUGGGAAUCUUCUAAUUGUAUUGAGAUGGUCAAUGCGUAUUUCCGCACCCUUGGACCCAUUUAUCGAAUUCUACACUCGUCUUUUCGAGAGGAGUAUAAAUGGAGACUCGUUUCCAAGACAGAAACACCACCCCAUAGCUUUUUGCUCAAAGCAUUGCUGGUAGUUGGAAUAGGGUCUGUAUUCCAUCCGGACAGCAUACAGCGCAGUCAUAUUCGACCACAAGUGAACCGCUGGGUCCAUGCUGCACAGUGGUGGCUUACAGGGCCUGAUGAAAAGUCUGCACAUAGCAUUGAUGGGUUACAAGUGUAUUGCUUGAUGCUCCUAUGUCGCCAAGUCCAUUCAUUCAACAAAGAGGCCAUCUGGGUUUCGGCAGGGUCACUAGUACGACUUGCCUGUAGCUUGGGCUUGCAUCGCGACCCGAGCCAUUUUCCGUCGUUGUCUCUGUAUGAAUGUGAGAUGAGAAGGAGGUUAUGGGCAGCGGUGAUGGAAAUAGCCGUACAGGCUUCGUUUGAUGUUUCCAUGCCACCGCUAAUCUCAGGAGAUGAUCACGACACUGAACCGCCGAUGAAUAUCGAUGACAGCCAGCUCGAUAAAAAUACCAGAAGCGUGCCAAUUGCGAAGCCAAAUCACCAGCCUACAGAUUCAUCGAUCCAGCUCCUUUUGCUAAAAUCACUCCCGACCCGUUUACAAGUUGCUCGAUUCAACAAUCAGAUUCGUCAACCAAAAUCUUACGAACACGCAUUGAAACUAGGGACCGAGCUUGAAACAUUCUGCAAAGAAUUUGCACAUCUACAAUCGCAGAACCUCUCCGAAUCUGCCGAGUUCCACCACAAAGUCCUGGACACAUUCCUGCGCAGAACAAUCCUUCUUCUCUACCGCCCCUUCAUACUCAAAUAUCCCCAAGACCAACGCUUCUACCUGGCCAGAAAACUUAGUCUCGAAUCCGCCAUGGCCAUUGCAUCCUACGCAGACAACACGGACAUCGUCUCAAAACCACUCGAUGAUUACGCCAAGCUAUCGAUCUCGGGCAUCGGCGCAUUCAAAGGCGCAUUUUCAAUAGACACAAUAAUCGUCAUAUGUGUCGAGCUCGUCACGCAACUAGAAGAAGAAGCAAAAACAAGACCUCGCUUGCCAGAGAACGUCCUCCAUAGAAUGGCACAGGCAUUCCGGAGACCAAUCAUCGACACACUGGAACAUAUUCAAGAACAAUUACUCCAGGUAAUUGGGCUUGGUAUUCCUAGUAUGAAACGGUGCGCUAUUCUGUCUACGGUGAUGGGCCAGAUCAAGGCUAUGGAGAGGACGGGUCAGUAUACGAAGGAUGAUGUGUACGAGGCUCUUGUGGAUUGUAUAAAGAAAUGCACUGGUGUUCUUGAGAGGUACAUUGAGGAAAUUGGAAGCGGCACUAGCGGGUCUGUUGAUGAGUGGACGCCAAUGACGUCGGACCUUGACGUUGAGUCUUUGCUACAGGAAUUUGGAUUUCCGUGGGAUGAUAUUCCUUUGGAUUUUUCCGGUGUUCAAUCAUGGACCGAGUCCUAA